AUGUCCGAAGGGGCAUCUUUAAGCAACUUUGAAACCACCAAGCUAAAUCAAGGCCGCGAACACCCCUCUGUCUUCGCAAACGGUAAUAGUACACAAGCCACAGGCCUGCGUAAUUUCUUGAAGGUUUCGGACACACGGAGCUCGAAUACACCGAAAGAACAUCUUCCGAGAGCUCCCAAAGACGUUGCAAUGGUUCACCCUAGCAGGCUGCGGCAUAUCGGUGCUCCCGCGACAACAACAGCCCUGGGACCAUCUAAUGCUACUACUCCAUCACGUAGUUCCAAUGGACAAAAUGGGAACAACGCCUUCAGAGCUCCAGUGCCAUCUGAUGCAGCUUUUCAACAGGUAUCGAGGAGUCCGCCAAGGGCACCAAAGGCAAUGACUCCGCAAGUCCCACCUACUGGCCCAAAGUCGCAAGCAACGCCCAAAUCUGCUGCAAAGGGUGUCAACCAGAUGCCACUGGGCAUCAAAUCACCACCUACUGGUCCAAAGGCUCAUCAAACAGCAACCCCUCGUAGAUCUUCGAAGGGCGGCUCUAACCAAUCAGUAGCAGCGGCGAGUCCAGGAGCAUCCAGAAGUAACUCAAGAAACAAGGCCAAAAAAAAGAAGUUUAUACCCUUGCGAGAAAAGCUCGGCGGUAGCGCUAGCGCCUCCUCUAUUAAGAAAAACCAUAGACAUUCGGAUAUGAUGCGGGGUUUGAAAUCUUCCCCUUUAAAGCUUCAUGCGCGCGAGCACAUUCCAGAUAUUCCAGUGAACGAGUAUACCAACCAAUUUGGCAGACAACAGACACCUAAUGGCAAGAUACCGUCCCAUCAAAAUUCGUUUAGACCUUCGCCCAAAAGAGCGCAUGAGGCUUUCGAUUCACCCAGAGGGCCGCGGGCGAAUGGCACCGCCAUCAACUCACACAAAGCCCCUGUAAAGAUUAGCCACGGUGCUAAACGGCUCGCCAAAGGGUCAAACUCUACUCCUUUCGAGAUUCACCGUCGCGAUAAAAAUGGUAAUGGCCAGGUUCUAACACAGUCACUGCCGGCGGCCGACACUGGCUCGGGGCAUAGGAGACAAGAGGCAUUUAGCCAUGACUACCGCGGCAUUCCUACCGGUCCGAGAUUCCCUGAAGGCUCAUCUUCUCGGGCGAUAAAUGAAAUAGAUCCGCGAGAACGAGGUUACAACUUCAACUCGUCUCCUCACCAUGGUUCCGACGCGAGAUAUAUGCAUAGUCCACCAAAACAACCUAACGCUUACAACACUUCGAAGACAUCUCAAACUUGGAGUCCAGAAAAUAUGUCUAGAUAUGAACAGGGUGAGAUAUUUGGCACUCGGAUGGGUGAGAUGUCUCCUAGAAACCAGAGCCGGUUCAUACCUGAGAGACCCGGGUAUAGGGCUGGAAGACCCAAUGAGGGUGUGGAAAGACAGGUAGAUCAUAUGAUAAGGGGAAGAAGAAGUAGUGUUGGUUAUGGAUUCAUGGGCAUGGACGCAAGCAUGAACCAGAGGCCUAUCGCACAACAGGAAGAUAUGGGACCUAGAGCUGGGGUUUCAAAUAGAGGAAAGCCCCCUUCUGGUCGUUUCCAAGGCCGCAAAAAGGCGUACCGGAAUGGUACAUCUGCGGCUAGGGGUGUUCCUCCUGGCGGGGCGCGUGGCCGUGGAAAAUUAAUGAGAAAGGGAAACAAUCAAGACAGAGCAGCAUCGAGAGCUGGGAGAAUACCAGGAUCCUCGAGUGGCGUUUUUAAACGAAACAGCCGAGCAGUCGGCACUUCAGGUGGUGUUCGACACCUCUCAGAUCCUAGACGUCGUGGUGAUACUAGAAUGACAGGAAACGAAGCAAGGUACUGGGAUAAUGGAGGGGAAGAUAGAGAUCCUUCUUGUAUUGCUAUUGGUGGCAAUAAUGAUAACAAAGGCGGUGUGCAAUUGCCCCUGGACAAGGAGAAAUUGCAAGAAAAUGGGCAAAUGCAAGAGCGCAGGGAGCAGGUGGACCCGAGGGGUAUGAGGGAUCCAAGAAGUUCGAGGGAUCAGAACGCUCAAAAACUACAGACUCCGCAAGAGAUACGGAGCAUGCAAGUACAUGAAGAUCGGGGCCAGGAAGAUGUGAAUAUGACAGACGGCCCCCAGGUAAUUACCAUCGACGACGACGUCCAGGAUGAGGAUGAUAUCGAGGUUGAUGUUGGGAGCGAUGAUGAGAAUGGAGACGAGAGUGAGAGUGAGAGCCAGGUAGAGGAACCCCUCGAAAGUGGCGAACUCGGUGACCCCGAUGAGGAUAUCGAAGGGGAGAUUGACGACGAGAUUGAUGAUGAGGAGCUUGGCGAGGAGGUCGAUGGAGAAGUCGAUGAGCAAGAAGAGGAAGAGGAGAAUGUCAGUUAUGGAAACAACAAUGAAGCCAAUGAUGUAGUCGGUGGCAAAGCUAAAACUGGUUCUGAAAACUUGGAGAUGGGAGGGACAUUCGAUGGCGCAGUUGAUCGUUCAUGUCAUGGUCUGGCUGGAAUCGAAUCCCAAGCACCUCCCCAGGCUCACCCUCAAAUUCCCGAUGCUAGUCCUGGGGGACAGGUAGGAGCAGUGAAUAAGAAUAGAUGUCAGGAAGAGACCAGAGAGAACCUGGAGCCCGUGUCGAGCGAAAGCUUCGAUGGCAGAGAGGAACGCUGGGAGCUCCCACCAUACCAUCAUUCUCCUGGCAGGCCAACAGUACCCAUGCGUCUCUUUGAUUUUGUCAUCAUCGAGCGACUAGAGCAAGUUGCCUUGUCGGACAUCUUCUAUUCUCUUUGUGUUCUAGAGGAGAGCAUCCCACACAAGGUUUCAGUAACUGCUUUCAAUGAUACGCUCGUAAGAUCGUAUCUGAAAGUUAGAGAUAUGAUGAUGCGAGAUCCUCUUCUCGAUGUGGACCAUGAGACAUGCGAAAAGAUUGCCAAGGGAGAACUGAACACCCUGCUUCUCGUACUAACUUAUAACAUCUUGGAAAUCGGGGAAGAGCGACAGCGGCUUUAG